AAGCAUGACGCUACCUACCUGAAAGUAAUUGACUCAGAAACGCGGAAGUGAAGUCAACUUAUUUAUUUUUUUAGCUCAGUACAGUAGUUUUUCAUAUAUUUUUAGUAUAAUUAGAGCUCCCCGUCUGUCUGAAGUAGGGGUGAACGUUUCGUGAGUAAUUAAGACAACGGCGCUCGAACGACAGAAGACGUGAAUGGGGAUUUUCAAUAUUCGCUCAAUUUGGAUAACGAGCGUAUUGCAACAUGUACUUAAUGGAUCCAGAGCAGGAUGGUUUUCAGCUGCAGGGGAGAAACACGGAUGGCUUUGACAAUACCAUGGAGGCAUUACUCCCAAUUCUGCACCAGCAGAGGACAUAUGAUUAUGUUCUAGUUGCUGACAAAGUUGAGGACCAGGAUCACCCAAAGUUUCUGAAGCAGGUGGCUUUUAUUGACCACCUGAGGAAGAAAAACAUGAAAGUAACGAAAAUCGUUCAUGUUGACAAGGUGUUUUAUGGUGUCCGGGCCCCAAAGGAGAUCUUUGACAAGUACAGGUACCUACUUAAGGUGUCUGAUUCUUGCAACUGGAGCGGCGACCGGAAAUGUGGCAGGGUUCCUCACUCAACCAGAAUCAGAGUAGUGCAUUACAUCCUACACCACACCCAUAUCAACACAGGGGAGAACCUCAGAGAGCUCCAGGAGAAGGGUGUCUUUGAGGCCGCGUUCUGCCUGCAUGAGAGGAACAAGCAAAAGGUGUUGAAACAAAAGUGGGCACGAUGGUCUGCUCUCUGUACGACCCAGCCUGUCGAUGAUGUCAGGAGUUACUUUGGAGAGAAGGUGGCUCUGUAUUACCUGUGGUUGGGCUGGUACACCAUCCUGCUGGUCCCUGCAGCCAUUCUGGGUGUGAUUGUGUUCCUGUAUGCACUGGCUUUCUUCAACACCAGCCCCCUCAUAAAAGAGGUCUGUGAGUCUGACACUGUUAUGUGCCCGAGGUGUGACAAAUGGUGUCAAGUAUGGCAGCUGCGUGACACCUGUACCUAUGCCAAGGUGAGUCCUCUGUUUGACAAUGAGGGGACGGUGUUCUUUGCUAUGUUCAUGGCAGUGUGGGCUACCAUUUUUCUGGAGCUGUGGAAGAGACACAAAGCAACGUUUGUGUCUAAAUGGAAAGUAUUUGACUGGUGUGAGGAAGAGGAGGAGCUCAUCCUGGGAGUAGUCAAUGAUCCAGACUGCCAUCCCAAAGAGUUUUGCCAUUCUUAUCUGCGAAGCACUCUAGUUCUGGUGCUGGUCACUCUCAUGUUGGUUCUGAUCAUCGGGCUAACCCAGGCUCUGGUGGUGUUCCGUGUGGUUGCUGCUGUGCUGUUGUCAGAGGGAACAUGGGAGUUUGUAAGGGACCAUGCCAACACUGUAGCAGUAAUGCUGGGUGCUGUACUACACUACUUCACCAUGCAAGUUAUGACCAGAGUCAACAAGGCUGUGGCCUUCAAGCUGUGUGAGAUAGAGAAGACACAGUCGCGUGCAGCCACUGAGAGGAGCUUCACUGUCAAGAUGUUUACCUUCCAGUUCUUCACCCUCUUCUCCUCGCUUGUAUAUGUGGCAUUUUUCCUGGGCAGGAUAAAUGGUCGCCCAGGCAGCUAUGUUCGUAUUUUUGGUAAAUGGAGAUUGGAGGAGUGUCAUCCCAGUGGCUGCCUCACUGACCUCUUCAUUCAAAUGGCCGUCAUCAUGGUGCUCAAACAGACACUGAAUAACAUCUUUGAGUUUAUUAUGCCCUGGUUCAAGAGUUACUUCAAAAGGACUACAACUAAGAAGCUGGAGAGGAAGUGUGGCGACUGCUACAAAAAUGCAUGUCGCGAAGAGGAGAGGAGGGGCCAUGACCCAUGUGAUAUCUGCAAGCUGCAUGAUUGGCUGCGCAACUACGAUCUGAAUGACGUAAACUUUUUCAGUCUCUUCAAUGAGUUUCUGGAAAUGGUUCUUCAGUUCAGUUUCACCACCAUCUUUGUGGCGGCCUUCCCUCUGGCCCCUCUACUGGCCCUCAUCAACAAUAUCUUUGAGAUCCGUCUGGAUGCCAUCAAGAUGGUCAGCUUGGAACGCAGAUUAGUCCCCAAGAAAACCAAUAAUAUUGGUAUAUGGAUCAAAGUUCUGGAAGCUAUUGGUGUUCUGGCUGUCAUUGCCAACGGGCUAGUCAUUGGGGUGUCCUCAGACUUCAUUCCUCGGCUGGUCUAUCGCUAUCACUACGGACCCUGUGCCAAUGGAGAAGAAAAUGUACACUGUAUGAAGGGCUAUAUCAACGACACCCUAUCCACUGCUCAGAUAACAGACCUGAAUGUGCGGAAGGACUUUUUCCCCAGUCAACUGAUCACAGAGAGCGGCUUCAAUGUUACACAAUGCAGCUAUAAAGACUACAGAAAUGAUGUUGACUACAGCCUCACCUCCCAGUUCUGGCUCAUCAUGGCUGUACGCUUUGCCUUCGUCGUCCUAUUUGAGCAUGUAGUGGUCAUCUUUAAAUGCAUUGCUGCCUGGUUUGUGCCUGACUCCCCCAUGCUGGUGAAGAAUGACAGACUGAAGGAUAAACUCAGUAGGCUCAAAGAGGAACUGCAGGAUAUGAAGUACAGCCAGUCCACAGAUGUGUGAUGACCACAACAGAGGGACAUCCUGUUUCAUGACACAUGACUUUGAAGCCUUGAAAAAGACACAUUAAAAGUGAUGCUCUCUGCACUGACCUGAGAUCAGCAUCUUACAGAAUAGUUAGCGCCUGGUCGUUAUGAGAGGUAGGACAGCCCCAUCUCCCAACACCUCUGCGCUUUCUCCCAAAUGGUCAAUGCACUGUUUAUACCUGUGUGAUUAAUGGCCACCCAUGGCGCAUGCGGGGUAUCUUGAGUUUCUACGAGGAUUAAACGGCUCCAAACUGUAUUUCACAUAUAAGCAAGUGUACCCCAAUAUAAAUGAAGCAAUAUACUGGCAGACUAACCCUAGAUACCAGACGCCAAACCACAACUGGGGUUCAUAAGAAGAGGUCCAUAUAGCAUUGUAUUUUCUUGAAUGACCGAUGACCCAGCAGUAGCCUCAGAAGCCGCAGAAGAUAACGUUUUUUUUUUCUCGUCAAGACCAGUAUGUAGGGGAUCUAGUUUCAGGCAUUUAUUUUUCCUAAUCAAAAGGGGACCAUCGCAGUCUCUCGGAAGUUUGGUUGGUGCGUAAAACGUGUGAAUUCCGAUAAAUAAGAAGGUGUGAUGGGUCCGUACACCAAACAUGUUUUCACUGCAUCAGGGAUAGCGUACAGGCUUUUCAACUUUGCAGCCUUCUUCAGUGUGUAGAUUUAUUUUAUGCCUGCUACAUUAGGUUAACCUAGCAGGCAUACCUAUACAGUAACAGAGUUGGGGUUAAUUUUGUUUCACAAACUGUACGUGCCAUACAAAUGGAAAACCUGAGUUGAAAUGUAUUGACUCCCUUACUCUGGCCAAUAUUAAUGUUUUACAAAGAACUGUGGUAGUUUUAUAUUUGGUAAGGGUGUAACAACCUGUUUUGCAAAUACUGUACUGAUGUUUCCUUUUUACAUGCUUUUAGUAACCUCAAUGUUCUCUCAACAUAAAGAAUCACAAAGUGUGAAUAAUGUAAUUUAUCUUUGAAAUAUUAAUAUCUUUGUUAUAUAAUUAUGCAUCUCUUAACUUUACUUUUAAUCCACUGCAUUAAUUCUUUAUUUGAAAUGAUAUUCGGGAAAAUUGUGUCAUCGCUUUUUAAAUUCAAACAAAGGGUUGCUUCAUGUUGUAUAUAUGAGCAAGAGUUUUUGUAAAAACAUUUAAGUAUAAUUCAGAAAUGACUUGAGCCAAUACCUAUGGAUAUUGUAUUUUUUUUUUGAUAAGGUGUACAUUUUGAGUUGCUUUAUUGUUUUUUUUACUGUAUAUUGUACAUACAGUAUGUGACAGGGUUUUGCUCAUCAGUCUAUCACCUGCGUGAAAGUGCAUUGUAAUUUUGUCCUUUUGCUUCUCACUUUUGAUGGACAGACGGGACAAAUAUUAAAGCUUGCAGUGAUUUUACUCUCA